AUGAACACAGACUCAAAAAACAUACAAGUGAGCCCUUAUUUUAAGUAGAUAUCAAAUUACAAGUCGACAUGCUGGUAGACUUUCAUAGGUUAUAUCACGUGUGAUGUGUAUGAUUUCAGGUGAACAAGAUGAUUAAGUUUAUAGACCAUGAUGCGGACGAAAUGAAACAGGGUAUUGACGAUUUAGCGGAAGAAACAUUUUAUGCAGAGAAGGAAAAGUUAAUAAGCAUAGGUAUAACGGAAGUUGAUCAGUUGUACAACAAACAACUUAAACUUAUAAACAGGGAAACGGCAACGUGAGAAUUAAAAAUACCAUAGGUUAUUAGCAAGGCUCGUAAGUUGGUGCAUUUAUGUUUUUUUUUUCCACGUGGGAAAAUGAAAUUUUGAACAGUGCAUGUUUUGAUUGAAUAUCAACUGGCUUAUUUGGCACAUUUUUCGUGUUAAUUGAGAAAAUUAUUAUUUUCUUUCCUGAACACGUUUAAAAAAUCCAAAAUAUUAAUAUUUGUUAUGGUUUAUUUUUAUUCUUGUAUGGAUUUAUAAGUUUUACAGCGGUAACACAAAAUCAAUGUUAUGACUACAACUCCCUGUAUCGGUAUUGCAAUCAAUCAAUCAAUACCUGUUUAUUUUCGUUGCAAUGAACUUGAAUACGCGAGUAAUAUUUCCCACCCUCCCGUAAUCUUAAUUGUGGCAGCCGUGGAUAGCGUGAACAAGCAUGAUAACAGUGUGAAAAAAUCAAAAUUUGACAUUUCUUUUCUUUUAAAUUUAUAAUAAUUGAAAUCAAAAUAAAUUAAAUUAAUUUUUCAAGAGAAAAAUGAUUUUUUUUUUUCACAAUAUUUAAAUAUUAGUGCAUAUAAUUGCAUUAUUUUCAAACUUUUAAAUGUUUAGUUACAUGUUUUUUAAUGAGUUUUUUAGUGCAUGAACCUACGAGCCCUGGUGAUUAGAUAUGUAUAUUAUUAUAAUAUUAUUUUUUUUAUAAUAUAGAAUAAUCUCAACUUUGAUAACUAGUGCUAAAUUACAAAUAUUACAAAGCAGAGAUCAACAUAUUAAAUCGGUAUUAGCCGAUGUUAACAAAGAACUAAUUAAAAUGCGCGAUAAAAAUUGUUAUAAACAUAUUCUUAAAAAUUUAAUACUACAAGCAAUGUACCAAGUAGAUACAGAUUAUAAUAUUUUAUCAAUAAAUUAAUAUUUGUAUUAUAUAAUAUAUUCAUUCAAGAUUUUAGAAGAAAAAGUCAACUUCAUUCUUAUAUUAAAUGAUGUCCCAUACGUGGAAUCAAUGACUCAAGAAUUGGAAAAUAUAUAUAGAACCAAAACGGGAAAAAAUAUUGAAAUAAAAAUUGAAAAUAGCUCAAAUUUACCGAUUCAAGAAAUAGGAGGUGUAAUAGUGACUGCUAAGAAUCGUACAAUAAUUGUGGAAAAUACAAUGGUUCUGCGUUUAUUGAAUAUCGGCCAACAAGCCAUACCAAUUAUACGUAGUGGGCUAUUUGGACCAAAUCCAACAAGAACUCAUUUAAGCUUUACAUUAUAA